CGACUCAUCAAAGAGUUCCCCAGCUAAGAGGAUGGAAGAAUAGAGGGCGAUGACUGACGAGGCUGCGCGGACGUUGAGGCGGAGCGGACGGAAGAGGGCAGAAACCGAGGCGUCUGCUGCUAGAGCUGAUGGAGCGAACAAGCAGACGAAGAGAGAGGGUGGCAGCAACGGCGUUGUCAAGGGAGAGCGCGACAGCGGAGAUGACAAAGGAACACUCGAGAAAGGCAGUACAGCAAGAAAGCCGUCCGUCACAGUCAAGAGCAAGGCGCGCAUCACGGCCAAGAGAGAGGAAAGUACAGCUGCAGUCAAAUUAGAAGAAGAUGAUGAUGAUGGAUGCGUCAUUGUCGGUUUUCAAUCCGGACCUUCAUCUGCGCGAGGCAGCAGCGCCCAGUGGACAACCCCACCAUCCGAGGGCAGCAAGCAUGGCAAAUACGAGUUGCUCAUGGCCAAAGAGGAGGAUGAAAAUAUCACAAAGAGGCAAAAGGGCAAGGCAAAAGGGAGAGGUAUCGACGAGGAUGACGAGAGACGCGCGUCCUUUCGACCUGGCAGUACGUGACCGCAUCCAUCGCGUGCAAAUGCAGCGCAUGUUCCUGGUACAUCGAAGUGGAAUGAUUGAAGAGGAACAGGACGGAGAUAGCAAGGGCAAGAAGAGGAUGGCGAGCGAUGCUUUGGACCCCGAGGAGACCUUCAAGGUGGCCGGCUCAACCGGCAACGUGUACACUGUCACCAUAGGAAGAAAACCGUCGUGUGACUGCCCCGACUCUUCCGUGGUCUGCAAACAUAUUCUUUUCGUCUUUCUUAAGGUCUUGGGCGUAGAAUCGUCAAGUCACGUCUACUAUCAGGCUGCACUAACGAGAAGGGAGCUUCGUGGGGUCUUUACCACGGCCAAAGCAGAUCCCACUGUGUCCGACCCCGCCCUUUCCCAAGCAUAUCUCACCUCAAUCGGGAAGAGCUCUGCGGUAGCGGCGUCGGCAAAGGAAGCCAAGAUGCCGGACGAGGGAGACACCUGUCCCGUCUGUUACGAGGACUUCAAACCGUCUCAAAGGGAGGAUCUCGUCUUCUGCGAAACGUCUUGCGGCAAACCCCUCCAUCGAGCGUGCUCCGAGCAGUGGUCGUUGUGCCGACGACAGGCAAAUUUGCCCUUGUCGUGUGUAUGGUGCCGCGCCGAGAUACCCUCAACAUUCUCCGGUGAAGAUGGGGGAAGAUAUUUGAAUCUUGCUGGCCCUGCUCGGCUCCCAACUGAGAGGGACUGGAGUAUCUACAGCCCCUUCGGUGAGUCAGCGCAUCUAGCCGUGGCAGUCCUUCAAGUCUACACCAUCUGACAAAUUGCGCAAAAGCUCAACGGGCUAUAUAUCGUCGAGGUUUCUUCUGAUGGAUGGAUGGAUGGGCAGCGGAGGUCUCCUGCAAGAUCCUGGCCCGCCCGCGUGCGCACCUGAC